AUGUCGCUAACUUUCUGCGACGGUUUGCAAAUGCGAACUGGACGCAGUGUAGGUGGCAGAUCCGGGAGCGCAGGCUUUGAAGGCGGUGGUGGCAUAUGCAGCUUGGGCUGCGUCAGCAUGCUGCGCACGGACCAGCUGCGCACGGACCAGUGCACACAGCCUGCCCUUAUCUCUCCAUGUAUACAAGCCGGCCUCUGCUGCCCUAGGGACCUCAGUUUCGACCUCUUGUCCCUAGAUCAUACUGGGCCCCACGUGAACUGCGAACCUCAGGGUCUUCUCGGGCACCGUAGCGACCUCAUCGACGUCUAUAUCCCAGAUGGCCCUAAGACUGUCAUCUACCGCUGUGAGCAGCAGCCGUGCCCCAACCGGACACCCCAAUUGAUUGCGGAAGAUUACCCACGCUACAAGGUGAUCAGAAGGGCCCAACAUCUGCUCAGCCCUCGAAGUACCCUUGCCUCUCGAUCUGCCUCGCAGCACUCUUGCCCUGUCUCCCCUACCUCCCGCCUUCCCCAAACUGUCGCCGAAUCCAGUCAAGUACGAGAAGAUCUCCCUCCAGACCCUGCGCCAGAGCCUGAGCCUGAGGAGGGUGUGGGUGAAGAAGGAAUCUCGGAGUCUGAGUCCGAGGAUUCUGUUGGGUCCGCCUCGCCGACAGCGCUCGCCCCCGCGUCAGCAGUCCCUGACUCCGACCAGUGGAGGGCCACCACAGCCGCCUCCGCCCCGCAGCAUCCUCCGUCCCCCCCGAUGCCGGUAAUGUCUUCCCCCACAACCGCCCCCAACAAGGAGACCCUGAAGCUCCUUCUCCCACUCCGAUACGAUGGCAAGACUGUCAUUGAAUGCGACAGAUUCUUGUCGCAACUCCGUAUCUACUGGUUGAUCAACACGUCAUUGAUGACCAUUGAGCUCAAGGUACAAGUUGCGCUGAGCCUGCUCGAUGGCGAUGCCUGCGCCUGGGCCACGCCUUACUUUGCCCAACUCGCGUUGGUGCAGAUGGGUGUGCAAAAGGUUACAACCCCCUUCAGGAACGAAGCGGCCUUCACCGCUGCCUUUAAGGCCUGCUUCGGAAAUCUCGACGACGCGGCAGCAGCACAAGUAGAGCUGAUGAAGCUCUGUGCGGACAAGUCGGUCCGCGAAAAAUGCACCGCUGCGGAGUUCUCCGCGCUGUUCAAGGGUCCGGCGGACCGUUCCGGGUAUGGGGACCUGGAACUAUGCGACAAGUACCUGAGCGGCAUACCCUCCCGCGUAUAUUGCAAAAUCGAGCUCGAGACCUUCACCACGUGGCGAGCCGCUGAAAAGUGA